GUUUCCCGCCACUGACGACCCGACUUCCGGGUGACCUUUGACCGACAACAUCGCAUGACCAACAUGGCGGAAGUAGCAGACGGCAAAGAGGACCGGAAAGUGAAGAUCCGAGAGCUGAGAGACCGUUUUCUCCGAGAACAGGCCGAUGCAAUUUCACAGAACGACCUCUUUGACCCUCGGGACAUUGUCAAGGUCAGGAAGGAUGAUGAGUACCUGGAGAACUACCUCCUGGCCCGCCCAACGCCUGAAGCAGCCUACGACAUGCUGGUCAGCGCACUCAAGUGGAGGAAGGAGUUUGGAGUUUAUGACAUCAGUGAGUCCAGCCUUCCUGUGUCCAUGUUUGAGAAGGGAGCCUUGUUUGCACACAACGAGGACAAGGAGGGGCACCCCAUCUUGAUAUUCAUCGCGAAGCUACACAAGAAGGACUCGUCCAAGUACCAGGAGCUGUGUCGCUUCCUGGUCUUCUGGCUGGAGAGGCUCAGCACAAGGCACCAGGGGAAACAGAUGACCAUCGUGUUCGACAUGUUAGAAACGGGCCUGGGCAACAUGGAUAUGGACUUCAUUAGAUUCUUAAUCAACUGUUUCAAGAACUACUUCCCCAACAUGCUUGCCUACCUACUGGUCUAUGAGAUGCCAUGGAUUCUCAACACUGCCUGGAAGAUCAUCAAAACGUGGCUGCCACCUGACUCGGUCAAGAAGAUCAAGUUCGUGAAUCGGAGCGAGGUUCAGCAGUACAUCGCUCCAGACCAGCUGGCUACCCGCAUGGGAGGCACGGACACAUUCCAGUACACGUACCCACCCCUGCCUGACGACGACCUGCCCAACCCCUCCACACCCAGGGGCACCCCUCCGGAGUCCCCCAACAUGGUACGGGCCAACGGGGAGGUCUCCAACAACCCCAGCCCUAGAAAGGUGACGUUCUCAGCCGACACAAAGGACAGCGUGCGGAGAAGACACAGUGACUCUGGGGCAGCGGGAGGGGACGCAAAAUCUGACAAAGGGCCACUGACGCCCCCUAACAGACACAGGCAGGUACAGCAGCUGCUGUCCUCAAACAAGCGAUCAGCAGAGGCAACAGCACAUCAGGGACAGCUCCUCAAGAUAUGUCCAGGGGAUGUGCUGGAGUUUGUGAAUGCGGAGGGUGCUGAGGUGCAGCAGGUUCUGACUCUCACUAACACAACGGCCGGAACUGUGGCUUUCAAGGUGAAGACAACAUCGCCUGAGAAGUACCGAGUGCGCCCCAGCUCGGGGCCGAUCGCACCAGGAGUGUCUGUGGACGUCAAUGUCUUUCUACAGCCUGGUCAUCAGGCCUCCACACCUCGAGACAAGUUCCUGGUUCUGUCCAUGGAGGUUCAGCAGGAGGUGAAGAACACGGCAGAGCUGGCCGCGCUCUGGAAGUCUGCAGCCAAGGGCUCCGUCAUGGAGCACAGACUUAGAUGCGCCCACCUGACCCCCGACGCGGCCGAGCUUCAGGAGGCCACGCCGCAGGGAGACAUGGCACGGCUGCAGAAACAGGUCCGAGAACUCACCCAGACGGUUGGUGCCAUUUCCAGUACGUCCCAGCGGUUGGAAGAGAACAUCUCCCAGACUCUGCGCCUACAGAAGUUGCUGGUGGUGCUGCUGUUGUCCCUGUCCUUGGUGCUGCUUUACCUGCUGUGGUCGGGCGGGGACGGCCAGACGUGCAGCGUCGCCAGCGUUACGCAGCCGGCGGCGGGACACGCAGCGCAACACAGUUUGUGAACAACUCUAGUUAAGAUCCAUAAAUAACUUCAUCAGGUUGGCAAUUAUUCAUAUAGUAAUAAGGUUCUUUAGGCACAACCAAAGAGUACUUACUUCCAACAUUUCGAUGUCUAUAAGACACCAUCAUCCAGGUCAUGUCAUUCUACCCCGAUGAUGGUGUCUGAUUGACAUCGAAACGUAGGAAGUUAGUACUCUUUGGUUGUGUCUAAAGAACCUUACUAUAUGAACACCAGUUAAGCUUUGCUUAUCAGGAGGAUAAAGAGACUAUCUUUUCCCCCAACCCUUGCUUUUUUUUCCAUCAAGGUUUUGGUGACCGUCUGUCAUCUUCCUGCGGAUAAUUCUGACUGGUUCGAAUUGUACUGCAGCACUAAGUGUCACUGCUUA